AUGAGCACAGCCAACGCCGCUGCAGCCGCUCGGUCGCAACCCCGCGAGCACCUGAACAUUAUUUACCCCGAUGAGGGAAAGCGGUACAAACUCAACGUGCGUGCCCCGAUCAGCCGCCUCACGGUUGGGAAGGUGAAGCAGUGCCUUGCCGCCGUCAGCUCAUGCCCCAUUCCGCUGAACAAAAUGGUGCUGCACCUCAACGGAGUGCCGCUGAGCAGCGACAAGGACCUGUGCUCCAGCCUCGGCAUCGGUAACGGUGCCACCCUCUCUUUGGAGGCUCGACAUACACCGAACAAGUACAACAGCGAAGAAGAUGGCGGCGACGGAGGUGCAAAGGGUGCGCAAUCGCCUGUCGGCGCUGCCACACCCGGUGCUGCCGCGUCGCCUUUGCUGUCGAUAUCGUCACCGAUGUCGCAUCAGCGCCGGCUGCUGGAGCUUCAGACACUCCAGCAGCAGGAUGAAAUGCUGCACAAAGACGCCGUUGUGCGGAAUGACGUGCUGCGGCACACACUGCACCACGUCGAGGAGGAAAUGGACCAGGCAAACCUUCGCCGCCGCCAGCUUGAGAGGCAACGCGAAAGCGCUGAUGAAGAACUACAGCACAUCAAGGGGAAAGAGGCCGAGGCGGCACGCGAGCGGGAGCGGUUUGCCAUGCUGCAGGCGCAAGAGGCGGCGCGUGCGAGUGAGCGCGCGACACAGCUAGUGGAGCGUCGGGAACAACUCCGUGCCGAGCAGGAGGCCGCCCGCGCCGUGGCGAUGCUGAAGCUCGAGAAUGAAAAGAAAAAGGCCCUGCUGGCGCAGCAACAGGCCUUCUUCAACGCCGAACGAGAGCGGGCCAAGCGGGAGCAGGAAAACUUCGAGGCUACAACCAAGGCCCGGGAGCUGGAGCUGCGGGCACGUGAGAUCGAUAUAGAGCAUCUGAGGCUCGCUCGCAUUCGUGAGGCGCGAGCUCUGGACAUGGACCGCCGCCUGGCAGUGCAGCAACGACUGAAUUACUACGCCCAACUUGGCAUCGAGGCACCGGGGGCGCUGCAGCGCGAGGCGGCGGCGCUUCUACUAACCGAAAAGGGAAAGAGCGAUGGGGAUGCAACGAAUGAGGCGCUGGUGGGUGAGAGCAGCCACCACUGGCCUGGCGUCCAGAGCCAUCCCCCAAACUCGAAGGUGAGCGCCACGGCGCUCAAAGGACACACCGGCAAAUCGGCCGCGAGCGCUCUCGAUACCAUUACCGAUGGCCUCGUGCGUAGCCGCGGGUCAUCAUCGCCUCCGCUGUCGCACUCCGCCCAAAGGCCUGCGGUAGUGGCGGCAGUGCCGGAUGGGAGCUUCUACGAUGCGCGCGAAAACGCUGAGGAAAAUCUGCGUCGCCUCGGCGAGGACCUCGGCCUCCGCGACGGGCUGCAGUUUGACGAGAGCGACACCUGCGUCAUCAGCAUCGACGGUGAGUACACGCUUCUCGUGAUGUACGACACCGUGACCGAGCGACUCUACCUCUACUCCACUUUGCUGGCGUCACUGCCGCCGGUUGUUCAGGCAACCACAGAGGGUCGGCUGAAGCUGUACGAGUUCCUGCUGGAGGCGUCUCUGCUCGGACGCGAGAUGUGUGGCGGUGGCGUUGGUUCCUCCAUUCGUAAUGACUUUAUCCUCAUGUCCGCCAGCCUGUACAUGCCGACGAGUCAGCCGUGGUCGCUGCGAACGCUGGCACCACAGUUCUUACACUGUCUCCAGCACUGGCGCACGAAGCUUACGGAGUUCUUGCAGACCCUGGAGGCACAGGAGAGCCACCUCCAGGGCGGUGGCAUUGAUACUGUACCUCCAAGCCCGCCAGCGGCGGCACCACAACCGCCGCAGCAGCAUGGGUACUUUACCGCCUCAUCCUCCCAAUCGCCCUCCUUGGCCCACAGCCCCUACCGCCCCAGCUCAGCGGCGAUUCGCAUCGUUAGCCCUCGCCCACGGUGCUUGGCAACCUCCCCAUCUCCGUCACAGGCCUCCAGCUCGGCGGCAGUAGCGGUGACACCCCUAGCGGCGCCGUACACCUCGCCGCCCAACGGCAGUGCCAUUCCAGUCCUGGGACUCGAGGUGACCGGCACUGUGCUGAUCAAUGGGGUGCCGACACACUACGAGGACGGUGUCCUCGUAGUGAACGCGGCGGGCCCGUCGGUGCUCGCCGGAGUGCAGCCAAACGACUUCAUCGAGGAACUGAACGGAGUGCGCAUACACAACGUCGGCGACUUCCGCCGUGUCAUCGAGGAGCAGCUGGCGCCAGGCAUGCUUGUGCCGGUCCGCAUCAACCGUGGUGGGGUAGCGAUGGUGGUGACGGUGCACGUAGAGGCGGCGCGGCCGCUGUAG